GUCACGUGACCAUGGCUCUGAUUUCUGCAGAUUGGAAUCCCCUUGGGGAGGUAUUCUACAGGAAACAUGAGCUAUAUACAAUGGAGUGGUCUGACCUGGUGGACCUUAACAAGUUUGUCGUAGCAGCAGCACCGUAUGGGGGACCUAUAGCUUUAAUCCGAGAUGAGAACAAAUUUGUGCGGGUGCAAGGUGCUACUAAACCAAUUAUCUACAUCUACUCUGCCUCUGGUAUAGAGCUAUCUGCUAUCAGAUGGAACAGUGGACAUGUUAUAGCCAUGGGCUGGUCAGUUACAGAGGACUUGCUGUGCAUACAAGAUGAUGGAGUUGUUUUGGUGUAUGAUAUAUUUGGAACAUUCAAAAGGACUUUUAGCAUGGGCCAGGAAGCCAAAGAUACAAAGGUGAUAGAAUGUAAAAUCUUUAACAGUUUCAAUGGUACAGGGAUAGCAGUUGUCACCAGCACAUAUAGAAUCUUUAUUAUCAACAAUGUGGAUGAUCCUCGUAUACGGAGACUUGCUGAAGUUCCUGGGCUGAAUAAACCACCAAGUAGUUGGGCAAUAAUAAAUCAUGAGAGACAGAGUCGCGCCCUGGUGGCCAAAGAUGCAGAACUCUACCUAGUAGACCAUGGUGGCCAGUACACAGAACAACAUCCAGAUGUUAAAACCACAGUGAAUUCAUUCGUUGAGAUGUCAGUGUCUGUCAACAAUAAAUAUUUGGCCCUGUUUUCUGACACAGGACUAUUGUGGAUUGGCUCUUCAGAUUUGUCACGCAUGUACUGUGAGUUUGACACUAAGAGCCCAUCCAGACCUCUACAACUCUCGUGGUGUGGAACUGGGGCGGUUGUGGGACAGUGGGAAAAUAUUGUCCUGAUGGUUGGGCCUGGAAAAGAUUGGGUGAAAUACAGCUUUGAUGGCCCUGUACACAUGGUACCAGAGAUCGAUGGUCUGCGCAUCAUUAGCAAAACAACACAUGAAUUCCUACAGAAGGUUCCAGCCGUGACAGAAGACAUAUUCAAGAUUGGAUCAAUGUCUCCAGGUGCAAUGUUGUUUGAGGCAUCAAGAGAAUUCCAGAGAGGUAGCCAGCGUGCAGAUGAGUACAUACGUAUGAUACCUGACAUCGGGAGAGCUGUAGAGGAAUGCAUCGAAGCUGCCGGUGAAGAGCAUGAGCCAAGCAAACAACAGUUGCUACUGAGGGCAGCAUCAUUUGGAAAGUGUUUCCUGACAGAUAUCCAACCAGAGAGCUUCGUGAACAUGUGUCAGAUGCUGCGAGUCUUGAACAACAUACAUGACUACAAGCUGGCAAUUCCACUCACUAAAACUCAACUUGAACAGCUUACAGUUCCUGUACUCAUAGACCGCUUGGUUUUACGGAGACAGUACUGUCUUGCUAUCAGAAUAUGUCAGUACCUGAAUAUACCUGAGGCUGAUGGGGCUAGCAGGAUACUGGCUCAUUGGGCAUGUUAUAAGGUACAACAGACCCAUGUUGAUGAUGAAUUGGUUGCAACAGCUAUUGCCAAUAAACUAGGUGACACCCCUGGAGUGUCUUAUUCUGAGAUUGCCAACAAAGCUAUUGAAUGUGGACGCACUGAGCUUGCAAUAAGGCUGUUAGACUUUGAACCAAAGGCUGCCGAACAGGUCCCACUACUUAUGAAGAUGAAACGUGACACUAAUGCCCUCUAUAAGUCAAUUGAGAGUGGAGACACAGACCUCAUGUACACAGUGAUCUUACACUUGAAAGAGAUAAUGCCAUUAGGGGACUUCUUGAUGACAAUACGGACCCAUCCAAUAGCUCAUGCUCUCUAUCUGCAGUUUUGUCGAGAAGAAAAUAAGGAAAUGCUGAGAGAACUCUACUAUCAGGAGGACAACUUCCAACAAGAGGCUAACUGUCGUGUAGUGGAGAGUUAUGGUGAAGAGAGGCUUGAGGUGAAACUGACAAGUCUAGUUGCAGCACAGGACGCAUAUACAAAGUCCAAGAAUGAAUGGGCUGCAAGGCAAACAGAGGAGCAAGUGAAGUUACUGAAGUAUCAGCGUAGACUGGAAGAGGAGUUGAACAGGCAAUACAUGGACCUAUCCCUACACCAAACCAUGUACAAGCUUACAAUGGAGGCCAACCACAAACUGGCAGAAUCACUAAGGAAAGAAUUUAAAGUGCCUGACAGAAGAUUUUGGUGGCUGAGAGUGAAUGCAUUAUGUGAAUCAAAUGAUUGGACAGAGCUAGAAAAGUUCUCCAAAUCCAAAAAAUCACCAAUUGGUUAUGAGCCAUUUGUUGAUGGGUGUAUAAAAUAUGGAAACAGACAUGAAGCUACUAAAUAUCUACCUAAGGUUAGCCAAGAAAACAAAGUCAACUGCUAUAUUAAAGUUGGGCAACUAGAUCAAGCUGCAGAAUUUGCAUUUCUACAGAAAAGUAUCGAUGACUUGAAUAUAGUGCAACAGAAAUGUGGACCUAUGAACCGAGCCACGGUGGAAAAAAUACAAACUAUGAAAGCUCAGCUUCAAACCAAACGAUAGUCAAAGUUGAGGUUGAGUUCUUUCCUUUGCACACACAUUCCUAUUUUACAUGCUUUAACAAUAAUCAAGCAAAAGAACCAAUCAUACAUGUACAGUAUGAAUGCCAGAUAGCAAAACAUCAUCCAAGGAUUUCUGUAGUGGUAUUCACAUGACACUGAUUUAUGGAAUCAUGGGAUACUGUACCUUGACAGUGUGGUUAACACUGCAUAGCAGUAAAAUGUAGCUGAAUGUUAACAGGAAUCAUUGGACACUACCAGUGUUGGCAUGUUGAACCAUUCAUGAGUUUUCAUACAAAAAUGCAAGAGAAACAUGAAACCAAAGGUUUCACUAUACUUUGGCAUUAUUGUUUACAAAAAGUGUGGACUUGAAUAUGAAUAUAUUAUUCAUACUUCAAUGAGAAAAGUGCAAUAUAAAAUGCAAAUUAAUAACA